UCCGGACUGCAUCUGCCCGUGCGCCCCGGCUCCUUUCAUAGGCUCCCCCGCCUCCUCCCCUCCCUCCUUCCCCCGUGAUGGCGGAGGACAGCGAGUCUGCGGCCAGCCAGCAGAGCCUGGAGCUGGAUGACCAGGACACCUGCGGCAUAGAUGGCGACAAUGAGGAGGAGGCCGAGCACGCCAAGGGAAGUCCUGGAGGGGAUUUGGGAGCAAAGAAGAAGAAGAAGAAACAGAAGAGAAAAAAGGAGAAGCCAAAUUCUGGAGGCACCAAAUCAGAUUCUGCAUCUGACUCUCAAGAGAUUAAAAUUCAGCAGCCUUCAAAAAAUCCAGCCAUUCCAAUGCAGAAGCUUCAAGAUAUCCAGAGAGCAAUGGAGUUGCUCUCUGCAUGCCAAGGUCCAGCAAAGAACAUUGAUGAGGCUACCAAACGUAAAUACCAGUUUUGGGAUACACAGCCUGUACCAAAACUUAACGAAGUCAUAACUUCUCAUGGUGCAAUUGAGCCAGAUAAGGACAAUGUCCGCCUAGAGCCAUAUUCUUUGCCACAAGGUUUUAUGUGGGACACAUUGGAUCUUAGCAAUGCUGAAGUUCUGAAGGAGUUAUACACGCUGUUAAAUGAGAAUUAUGUAGAAGAUGAUGACAAUAUGUUUAGGUUUGAUUAUUCCCCUGAAUUUCUUUUGUGGGCUCUGCGUCCUCCGGGCUGGUUACCGCAGUGGCACUGUGGGGUUAGAGUGUCUUCAAACAAAAAGCUGGUAGGAUUCAUAAGUGCCAUCCCUGCAAAUAUUCGUAUUUACGACAGUGUGAAGAAGAUGGUAGAAAUCAAUUUUCUGUGUGUUCACAAGAAACUGAGAUCUAAGCGGGUGGCACCUGUACUGAUUCGGGAAAUAACCAGAAGAGUAAACCUGGAGGGGAUUUUUCAGGCUGUUUACACUGCUGGAGUGGUGCUCCCCAAACCUGUGGCCACUUGCAGAUAUUGGCAUCGAUCACUGAAUCCCAGAAAAUUGGUGGAGGUGAAAUUCUCACACUUGAGUAGAAACAUGACUCUACAAAGAACGAUGAAGCUCUACAGACUUCCUGAUGCUACAAAAACUUCAGGUUUGAGACCAAUGGAACAAAAAGAUACUAAAGCAGUACAAGAAUUAAUCAACACUUACUUGAAGCAGUUUAAUCUUGCUCCUGUGAUGGAUGAAGAAGAGGUGGCCCAUUGGUUCCUGCCUCGGGAACAUAUUAUUGACACUUUUGUUGUAGAGGGCUCAAAUGGUGUUUUAACAGACUUCCUGAGUUUCUACACAUUACCUUCAACAGUGAUGCACCAUCCUGUUCAUAAAAGCCUGAAAGCUGCCUAUUCCUUUUACAAUAUUCAUACAGAGACCCCCCUCUUGGAUUUAAUGAAUGAUGCACUCAUAAUAGCUAAGUUGAAAGGAUUUGAUGUGUUCAAUGCACUAGACUUAAUGGAAAACAAAACGUUCCUGGAAAAACUCAAGUUUGGGAUUGGAGAUGGAAAUUUGCAGUAUUAUUUAUACAACUGGAGGUGUCCUGGCAUGGAAUCUGAAAAGGUUGGUCUUGUAUUACAAUGAGGACACACGUUUCUAGAACUCUGAGGUCAUCAUUUGAAUUAAUUUGAUCUCCAUAACUCUUGGAAUGAUACUGUUCAAGAGGAGUUAAAGCACAACGUCAGUGAUACUGAAAUAGUCCAUUAAACCUGAACGAUGAAGAAAUCCACAUGUGACCAAAUUUAUGCAUUUUCAGAUAAAUCAGAAGGUCCUUGAAACUUUUAUUGUCCAUGAAAAGAAUAAAAGCACAUUCAUUUAAGUUUCAAAGCUUAGCUUGCACCUUGAUGAGAAGAAGGUAUUUUUUUUUCCACUCUGUAGAAAAGACUGUUUUGUAUAAACUGAACUUCAGUGGUGGAUUAGGGUACAAAAAUAUUUGCUAUUAUGUGGAUGAACUGCUGCAUUUCUAUUUAUUAAGUGGUGGUGUAUGUUUGUCAGUGUAACAGAAUGAAGGAUACAAACUCGAGUAUCUUUGCUAUAUUUACUUCACGUGGAUAUCAUCAUUUGGGGAAAAAUCAUGAAGUAUGAUACGUUUGUAGCUCUAUGAAAGUCCUGGAUGUUUUUUGUAACUGGAGCAGUAUGACAAUGUACUGGUUUAACUAGUGCAUUUGUUUCUCCAUGAGCAACGCUGCCAAAUCAAUAAAAAUACAGAUUUGUAUUUUGAUCUUCAA